ACGUCACUUCCUUGCCCAUCCCAAAAGGAAAAAAAAGAAAUAUCGGAGAGAAGAGCGACGCCAGAAAAGUCAGUAAAAGAAGGAAAGCGAAAGAUAUUUAAAGAAACAAUUGCUCAUAAGAAGAACAAAUAGCCACAAUCUCACUGAUAAGCGCGCGCUGAUCAAACUUCAUUGGACAGGAGGACGCGUUCCUGGACAAAAGGCAGGGCUUCUGCUUAAAAUUAACAAACCAUUGUUUCGUUCUUGAGCUGCUACCAUGCCUCUGCACAAAUCAUCUUCUCGAGCCCCUCGUCUGGAUCCCACCAUGAUCUCCGCUCCCCUUGGUGAUUUCCGUCACACCAUGCACAUUGGUCGUGGUGGAGACGCUUUCGGUGACACCUCUUUCCUGUCCAGCCAUGGUCCGUCUAGUCCUAAUCCCAAGCCUGUGCAACCAGUCAUGGCAGCCACUGUAGAGACCACAGACAAUAAAAUGAACCAUAACAAUGAAAUCGAAUAUGCAGAAGAUACCAGUCUGAAUGAGCUGAGGCACUCCGAUUCAGUUUCUUCCUUUGACCUCGACUUGGAUUUAGGGCCUUCGAUUUUAGGAGACGUCCUGGGAGUGAUGGACGGACUGACGAUGGGUUCUUCUCACAAAGACAGCGAAGAGGUGUUUAGUCCCAGCAAGAGCACGAGGGAUGUGAUGAUGUCACCAAGGAGUGCUGCCAAUGACUUGAGUGAGAGGAUGAUGAUGGAAAGUGUGACUAAAGAGGUGAGCCAACGAGAUGAGCAAUUCAACGAGGUGAAUGGCGUCAAAUCAAAAGGGCUCAGGCCCAAAGUGCGAUUCAGCGACAAGCGUGAUGAGAUCAUCGGCCGACAGGAAGUAAUCGAAGGGCUAGACGUGGAAGCUGAAGAAGAAAUGGGCUUGAGACCAAAUGAGGGGAUGCAGGAGAUUAGCAGGAGAACGGCUUACGACAAAGACCCGAGACAAGCAGAGGUGGUUAAUCGGAGGGAGGACAACUCUCCAAGCCUCUCUUCCUCAGCGAGCUCAGAAUAUGAGGGAGUCUCACCGUUGGACAGAAGGAGAGAAGAUCAGCAUCUUUCAGAAACAGAUUCAGAGGAGGAAGGUGCCAACGGACAACAAGGAUACACUUUUGAGGACGAAUUCGAUGAUGAGAUUGGCUUAUAAGAGGACAUAGAUUUGAAGAGUCAUUGGCAUAUGGACAUAUGAACAGAAUUAUUCUUUAAAAAUGAAAAAAAACAUCCAUACAGGAAGAGCUAAUGAAAAUUUCUUCUUGAGGUAAUAACUGGACAAUUUGGAACUUCUUUUCCAAGUUUACAGUGGUGUUUGCUCAUUUUUGGAACUGUUUUACAAUGGUUUUGUUUUUAUUGGAUUUUAUAGCUACAAAUUUUGAAGUAUCUCCCAUGGACAGUGUGAUGUCUUAUAAAGAAUAGCCUAUGAACAAACAUAUUCAUACGUUUCCCAUGGUCUCAACUAUAUAAUCUUGAGCAUUACAUGUUCCGUUUUUCCAAUUCCAGCUCGUUAUAGGGCACUUUACUUUUUCUCAGUUAACUGGAAACAGCUUUAAUCUCAGAGAGUGAGUACCUGCAGUUCAACAGAAAUGAAAAAAAAAAAUGACGCUUAGAAUGACAGCUGACUUUCUAAAGCCAAAUACCACAUACAAAGUAAUAAAUUAUUGUUUAUAUUAUGGCUAUCUAUAGUGCCUUACAUGAAGAUGUUUCAGUGUUUUUCAUCUUUGUCUUGCUGUUUCACUGAAAAGCCAGUGAUGAAGCUUUUCUUUUUGUGGGAAGAUGGAAGCUUGCUGAAUGCAUUCACAAAUGCUGGAAUUUUCUCCUGGGAGUUUUCAUUAUUACAUAUACAUGCAUAUCUUAAAAUGCAAUAAGCAAUCAGAUUGUGUAUUGUUUUUGCAGAUGUACUCAUUUAAAAAGUGUAAAAAUAAAAUGCACGUAAUAGUUACACACUACAAAAUAGUCUUAAAGCUAAACAGCCGCAAACUGCAUAGGUUUCAAACUGUGAAUGGAAAUACUCUGGUUGAUCAUUCGACUGUAGCUCUCAACUAGAUUUAUAAAGCGAAGCAUGGAAAGCUUUUAUAGGUUGGGUUCAUUUUUAAAAAGUGAUUGCUUUUUAUUUUGCUUUCACAGUUUGAUUUGAACACUAAAGAGUAUGUAACAGACAAUCAGUGAUUAUUUUACGCUCAGAACCACUCUUACAAUUCAAAUAAUGUAGACUGGGCUAGACCAAAAUGUGUAAUUAAAGCUUUAUUGAACUAUU